GCCUCCUCUAAAUGAGGCAGUUGGUUCUUUAUUCUAUGACGAGGAGGCGAUGAACAAGCAUGGCUCUCGGGACAGUUCGCGAUAGUCUGAUAAAAUGCAUAUUUUUUUGCGAAUUCCAUCCAACUGCUGGGCCGAAGAUAAUGUACCAAGUUCCCGUGAAUUACAUCAGCGAAGAAACGUUCAGCGCCAUCAGUGUCUACCUCAUACCAAAGCCUGAACUUCAGCACAAGUUGAUCACUGUGAAUAUGUGCGAAAUGAAAGUGAUUGGCUAUCCAGUGGGGCUUGACAGUGCUGAGUACGACAGGAACAGACUGAUGUUUAACCUGUGCUUUGUCUGCGAUGCCAAAAUGCGUACCAUCCAGUACGAGCCCAUUGUGAGAAAGCUGGCAAACUACCUCACGACUCUCGAACAAGAGACAAACUUCAUCCGCGAUGAGACCAAGAAGCGCCAGCUGCCGGAGAUCAUGUCGAAAAUCCUCCACGACUUGAACAUCAAGCGGAGCUGCUCAAUUCCUAUAAACGAGUCUACCACAAUUUACCUGAAAGUGACAACAGUGCACGAAGCGCCUCGGUUGGUGUCGGACCAUGACGUACCAAUCUUCACAGCCAGCCGUCCUGCAUGCACGCCAUCUCAGUGGGACCUCACCACGCAACAAUGGGAUAUCACAGCAAUGCAGAUCCUGCCAUACAUUGAUGGCUUCAGGCAUGUGGCCAAGAUUGCAGUUGAAGCCGACGUCGAAGUUAGCCUAGUCAAAGAGUGCAUCAGAAAUAUGCUGUAUUAUGGCAUAGUGCAGCUGAUUCCUUUGUUCCUCUACUCUGCCGUAUAUGCGACAACACCAGAGAUCAGGACACUUGCUACAGAUACACUUGUUCAAAAGGAGUGCAUUUCCUACGUUGCAAGACAAGGUCGACCAAGGCCAACGUUUAGGUCGAUAUUCGAGAUGUACUGCAGUUUUCACCUGAGCAACAGUGUUCGGGAUGUCUGUGCCCGGACUAAUCCACACAGCCUCGGAAUAGACGAAAGAAAACUUGUACAGUAUGGCGUCAUGAAGAGCCUUCUCCGUCGUCUGCACAAGUAUCCCAUUGACCUGAAGCGGGCAGCAGACAGCACUUCCAAGAGCAAAUCUGUUGCCAAGUACUUUGAUGGAGCACACAGCUAUGACGACAUAUGUGCUAAGACAGGCAUGAGCUACAAGGAACUGGACGACAUCCUUGACAAGGAUCCCAAUGUGUGCGUGUGCUGGAAGUAACUGCGAUUGUUGGAGCAGCUGUG